AGCCGUAGCGUUAUAACCAGGUCGCGUUGCGAUCUUCCGUCCUGGGCCGCGGCCUCCCGGGCAGCCGCUGAUCUGCGGGCGCCGCCCAGCCUCCCCCCGCGCGCGGUGCGGGCGCCAGCAAAGGCACGUCCGGGGACAGCACGGUGGUUGCCCGGUGGCCGCGCGGCCCCCACACCGCCACCAUGGCUGUCUCUCGGCGACGGCCCCGGUCGCGGCUGCUGCCCGUCCUGGGGCCGCUUGCCGCCUCGGCCGCGCUGGCGGCGUCGGCCUGCUGCUGGGCGGCGGCGCCAAACGCGAGGAGCGGGGUGGCGCGGCGGCAGCUGUUGGUCCUCGGCGGCGCUGGGGCGGCAGGCGCGGUGGCUCUUGGUGGCGCUGCGCCGGCGAGAGCGGAGGCCUCGCCCCUGGACGACUACAAGGAGGGUCCGCAGAACAUUAUCUAUAAGGUCAUGAAGGAGGGCACGGGCGAGAAGGUGCAGCAGGAUGAACAGGUCCAGGUUACCUGGGACUCAUACAUCAACGGCUUCCCUGGCGAAGAGAUGGGGCCAAAGAAGGCCAAGAAGAUCUUCUCGACAGAAGUCAUUAAACCGAAGACAUUUCACGGCGUCAAUCUGGUCUACCAGAUACCAGAGCAGUUCAAAGCUGGUGACCAGACCGAGUACAGCACGCUGGAGGGUGUACAGCUUAUCACGAUGGAUAUGCGCGUGGGCGAGAGGCGCAGGGUCAUUAUUCCCCCCGAGCUGGCGUACGGGCGGAAGACCAAUCCCUACGUCCCGGGAAACUCGUUCAUCUACCUCGAGAUCGAGGUCAUCGACAAGGGCAUGCCUCCCCCAGGGGCCAACGAGCAGUACUAUGGGCAGAGAAACAGCAAGGGGACGAAGGUCCAGGUCCAGACGGUCGCGAAGGGGAGGUGAUUGCCAGCUUUGCUUGGACGUUCGGGCGAUCGCCCCCCUCCGGCGGGGACGCCGCCGGUUUGGGCAGGCGUCGACGUGGUGUGGACGGGGACUGCAGCACCCCCGGCCCGGGCCUCCCUUGCCGGCCCAGGCCUCCCUUGGCGCUGGGGGGAGGGGGGGGGGGGCACUCGGCUGCCCCGAGCCAGGGGGGAGAAGGGCGGGGAGGGAGGGCGCGGUCGCGGCGGCGGCCGUCGGGGCCAGCGCAUGCCACAGACGCGCCCCACGCUGCCCCCCUCCCGCCCCUCCCCCGCUUUGGAGGCCGAGGUCGUCCCCGCUGCGCCCGCAGGCAGGCGAGGCGCUGCAGCGAGGGCCGCUUGGGGCUCCGGAGGGGCUCCUGGUGCCCUGGCCGCUCCUCAGGCCCAGGUCGUGGAGCCCUUUCGUGGCCGGGGUAAUCCCGUGGCCAGAGGAGCCCCGAGAUGCCUGGUGCGGCAUGCCUGCGGGUGGCAGGCAGCACAACGGCGGCAUGAGCUCUCGUCAGCCUGCAGGGAGUAAUUUCCAAUCGCAUGUUAUGAUAAGGUCUUUCAGUGUUGGCGAGGCCUGUGUUUGCGGUCGCACUCUCUGCAGCGCCAUUAGGCUGCCAGAUUUUUCACAGUGCUCCGUGCUUGUGUAUCCGACGUGGCACGUGACGCCAUCAACACAGCACCAUCCUUACCAUUCUGGCAGACAGGAACACGCAGACAAUGUCUUUGCACAUUCGGCCACUCGUUCCGUUCGGGAGGCUCUCGCCCCAGAUCAGCAAUACAUGUUGCGUUUGUGUAGCGCAUCUCUGUCCCCACUGUACCACAUCCAUCCUUCUCGGCUCUCACGUGUCUUUCAUGGCAUGGUUGGGGACACCAUCGUACCCCUGUGUGAGGACAUUCAACACUGUCUCCAUGCCAUCGGUCCAAACCUGAUGCGUGCCCCAUGCCAGACCUGUUUCGUUGCCAUGAUCAUGGUCACCGCCUCCCCUGUCACAUUGCCUUGCUCC